AUUUUAAUUGCACUGGAGUUUGUGUUUGUGACGUGAUAUACAUGUGGUGGCACGUGCAAGGGGCUUCGAUACUUUAUUGAAUAAGAUUUUUGGUAGGAAAGCGAGGGAGAAAGAAUGGCACCUAAUCUAGAGGUGAUUGUCGGCACGUAUGAGCAGUUUUUGCUCGGUUACACGGUCGACGAUGUUGUCAACGAAUAUAAAAUGGAGCAGAGUUUUGCUACUCGUAGUCACUUUGCGAGUAUUCGCAGUGUGGCUAGUAAUAAGAGCUACUUAGCAUCAGCCGCUGCUGAUGAUACCGUCUGCUUAUUCGAUAUGAAUAGUAGAAUGGAAAGUGGAAAGCUAACGCAUCACAGUGAUACUGUGAAUAGUAUUUCUUUUACACCCGAUGCGUCGCAUAUAAUAACGGUGAGCAGCGACGGAACUAUAGGAAUUAUUCGUUGCGGUAAUUGGCAGAUGGAGAAACAUUGGUUAAAGCCACAUAAAGGGCUUGGGGUCGAUACAUUGGCUGUUCAUCCUACUGGCAAAAUUGCAAUGACUACCGGUCGCGAUGGCGUUUUACGUACCUGGAAUCUUGUUAAAGGUAGACAAGCUUAUGCCACAAAUUUAGUUCCUAGAUGGAAAAUUGACGCUAAAAAUAUUAGCGUUCUGAAAUGGAGUCCAAAUGGUGAAUGUUAUCUACUCGCUGCAAAUAACAGAAUAGACAUUUAUUCGGUUGAGUCUGCGGGUAUCGAGGAAGAGCUUAGUUUUAACGCAAAGGUAAUUUGUGUCGAAUAUUUAGAUGAUAACUACAUCGCCGUUGGUCUAGCCGAUGGAAAAAUUAGUAUCUAUAAUCUUCAAACUCAAGCUCAAACUAGUGAAAUUCAAGCGCACGAUCUUAGAGUUAAAUGCUUAGCUGUAAAUGGCGAACUGUUAGUUUCUGCUUCCAGCUCGGGAGAAAUUAAAUUGUGGUCCUUCAACGAUGAAAGCUUAAUCUUAUUAAAUGCCGUUGAUUGCAAUGCUAGAAUUUCCUGUCUGACAUUAACGUCAUGUUUAAAUUUAAAGCAUCGGAAAGAGGAAGCUAAUAUAGAAGAAGUAGUUUCUGAAAAAUUACCAAAUAAAUUGCGAUCGAAACAGCGUGUCGUUAUCGAGGACGAAGGUAAUGACGAGAAUAAAUCAAAAAGAGCGAAAAGAAAGAGGAAUAAAAAGAUUCUCGUGCCAAUUUGCGAUGAUGCAAAUUGUAGUGGUAACACGAUUACAGAAAAUGUAAAGAAAAUUAAAACUAAUAAAAAUGAAAAUUCCAUGCCAACGAAACGUAAGGGCGAUACGACCCAAUUGCCACUUUCAUGUGGCAAAAAGACGAUUUCGGACUUUAAUAAAAAGCGAAAGCAAGUGGAGAAUUUAGUUGAUAAGGAUUCGACGGAACUUUCGAUAAAGAAGAAAAAACAGAAAGGAGCGAUAUUAGAAAAAAUCGGUCAAGCUAAGGAUAAGCAAAAUAGUAUUAUAAAUAAGAAAAAGAGAAAAAAUACGGAAAAAGAUAGAUUCGAGAAUUUAGAAAAGAAGCAAAAGAUAUGUUCAGUGGAAAAUGUAUUGUUGAAAAGGAAAAGGAAAAAGAAUUAA